UACCCUCACUCAUCCUUACACUUCACUCUCAUGCCAAAAAAGAGUCCCAACACAGAGAAAAGAAUUCCUACGGAGAGAGAUAGGGGGUGGGAGAGAUAGAUAGCCUUAAAAAAACAUCAUGCACCCAACCAAACAGAAACACCGGAGCUCCGGUCCGGAAUCAACAACCUCCAGAUCAUCAUCAACACCCGGUUGGAUCACCGAAUCGAUUAACGGUGGAUCACUUCGCCACGUGGACUUACACACUGGUGUUAACGGAUGGGCGUCACCGCCAGGUGAUCUUUUCUCUCUCCGUUCAAAAAAUUACUUCAUCAAAAAACAGAAAUCCCCCGCCGGCGACUACCUACUCUCACCCGCCGGUAUGGACUGGCUCAAAUCGAGCACAAAACUCGACAACGUACUCGCUCGUCCAGAUAAUCGCGUGGCAAACGCCUUAAAGAAAGCACAAUCCCAAAAUAAGUCCCUCAAGUCCUUCAUUUUUGCUAUCAACCUUCAAGUCCCCGGUAAAGACCAACACAGCGCCGUUUUCUACUUCGCAUCGGAAGAUCCUCUACCGUCCGAUUCCCUCCUAUAUAGAUUCAUCAACGGCGAUGAUGCAUUUCGGAAUCAACGGUUCAAGAUCGUAAACCGGAUUGAAAAGGGUCCAUGGGUGGUGAAAAAAACGGUAGGAAAUUACAACGCGUGUUUAUUAGGUAAAGCGUUAAAUAUUAAUUACCACAGGGGUGGGAAUUAUUUCGAGAUUGAUGUUGAUGUUGGCAGCUCGAAAAUUGCUGCGGCAAUUUUGCAUCUCGCAUUGGGGUACACGGCGCAUGUCACCAUCGAUAUGGGGUUUGUCGUGGAGGCGCAGACGGAGGAGGAGUUGCCGGAGAGGUUGAUUGGGGCAAUCAGGGUUUGUCAGAUGGAAAUGUCGACGGCGCGUGUUGUUGAUUCCCCGUCGACGGGUUUGGCGCGUGGGUCGGGGUUUGCUAAGGUGGAGCAUCAUUUGUCUGGCGAUGAAGAGGAGGAUUGAAGGGCUGGAGUUGGCUGGUAUUUCUUUUUUUAUUAUUUAGUUUUGGGAUUUGGGUUUUUUUUUUAAUCCCUUUCCAAGUUACAAUGGGGAUCGGUGGUUGUUGUAGAUAAAAAUAAUAAUAAAAAAAAAUGGUUGAAAAUAACAAUGUUGGGAUUUUAUAUUUAAAAAAAAUCCAAAAUAUAAAUGACCAAAAACAAUGUCGGUUUCUUCUCUCCUCCAUGUGACUGUUUAUGCUUAAUUAGUCGAUUCGUUCAGGAUUUUCUAUUUAAUUAAUUAUAUUUCUUUUUAAAUUAGAUAAAUGACAUUGUUUUAAAAUUAAUCUAAUAAAUCAUGGGUUAAUUUAGGUGGCCGUGUUAAAUAUUACGAUAAAAGCAAGAGGCCAACCAUGUGCAGCAUGUGGCUGGCCACGAAAAGCUUUAACGGGUGUUUACAGCAACGUUCUAUAUUAUUUUUUGAAAGUUUUUUUUCUUUGGAAAUAAAUUAAAAUAAUUUUUUUUUAAUAUUAGAAUAUAAAAAUAGUUAAAACGGGUCUAGUGAAUGGGAGGGUUAUUUUGCAAAGGUACGUUGCCUCGGAGUAAUGUGGCUGUCAUGGUUAGGUGUGGCGUGAUUUGGUGCCUUCGUGAUGUCAGGCCUUGAUAUGUUUUGGGGACAUUAUAUGCACUGUGUAGAUUUUUGUGGUAAGUGUCAAUGUGUCCAGAUGGGAAAUGGGAUCAUCAAGUGGUCAACAUUUUCGCCUCUUUUCGGGAUUCCGAUCUGUAUGGUCAAUAUAGAUCCUUGAUUCAAGCCCAGUUCAUGUUCUUGUGAUGAAA